UUUUCGCUAUUGCAGGACAUCGAGUUAUUUUAACUACGGACGCACUACGCACUUGUCCUAAACACAGGAACGUCCAUGCAGCGUUAAAUAAUUAGAAAACUAUAAUUUUGACGCUAAAAACCGCAUUGGGGAUUAAAUUUAACUCUAUUUAUUAUUAUACAAUUGCAACAAGUAGUGUUUUUCCCAAAAAAAUGAACCAGGAUCAGCUGCAAGAGGGUGUCCCGGAGCAUCCUGUACCCCAUCCAGAGGGAAUCUUUAGCUCAGGUAUGCAAGGGUGGGCUGAUGAAGAAUAUGGGAGUGGACUCCCCCAGGGUGCUGUAAAUGAAAAACAACUUCCAUCGUUAUUAUCCCUAAAAGUGGACCCUCCUGAACAAAUGAUAGAAACGCCACCAACUGAAGUGGUUUUACCUCAAGUGUUGGAAGAGGUGUUGGCGUUGAAAAAUCAGAGAGCACGGGAACUGGAAAGAGAAGAAACGGAAACAGCAGUACAACAGCCGCCUGCUAGAGAGGCGCUUUGGGAGAAAGAUGAUAAUAUUGAAACUGUGGCUGAAAAUGAAGAAGAAAACCAAGUUAAGGAGACCACUAAAAUCAGUAAAAAUAAAAAGAAGAAGAAAAGGAAGAAGAACAAGAAAAAUAGGGAGAAUGAACAACAUAAGGAGGCUGAGGAGGAGAAAAAGGAUGUACACGAGAAUGGGAAUGCAGAUGUGGAAGUCGAGUAUGUUCAAGAGACAAUUGGUCUUCUUGAAUUGGCACCACAAUACAGGCAGUUUUAUAGUAUUUUUGAUGUAUUUAAAAUAUCUGAUCAAAAGCAUGAUAUCCCACCCCCAGUACUAGCAACUCCAACAUCAUUAUCGAGUAAAUCAAUGCUAAAUACCGUGGGAGACCACUUUCAGGAUGAAAUGGAAGAUGGGGAAGACAAAAAAAUGGACGAUAAGUCGAAAAUGUCCAAAAGAAAACUUAAAAAACUGACCCGACUUAGCGUUGCUGAGCUUAAACAACUUGUAAGUAGGCCGGACGUUGUAGAAAUGCAUGAUGUAACAGCCAGAGACCCAAAACUUUUGGUACAAUUAAAGGCUCACAGGAAUACUGUUCAGGUACCCCGUCAUUGGUGUUUCAAACGGAAGUACUUACAAGGUAAACGUGGUAUAGAGAAACCACCUUUUAAUCUUCCAGAUUUCAUUAAAAGGACUGGAAUUAUGGAGAUGCGUGCGUCAUUACAAGAUAAAGAUGAAUCGAAAACACUCAAAGCUAAAAUGCGGGAAAAAACCAGACCUAAACUUGGAAAAAUUGAUAUUGAUUAUCAGAAAUUACAUGAUGCCUUUUUCAAGUGGCAAACUAAACCCAAAAUGACCAUCCAUGGCGACCUCUAUUACGAAGGCAAGGAAUUUGAGACAAGACUAAAGGAAAAAAAGCCUGGAGAUUUAACAGAAGAAUUGAGAACGGCAUUAGGGAUGCCUGUGGGUCCUAACGCCCAUAAAGUACCACCACCAUGGUUGAUCGCCAUGCAACGUUAUGGUCCUCCACCCAGUUACCCCAAUUUGAAAAUUCCGGGAUUGAAUGCCCCUAUUCCUGACGGUUGUGCCUUUGGGUACCAUGCUGGUGGGUGGGGGAAGCCGCCAGUAGACGAAAAUGGAAAACCAUUGUAUGGUGAUGUGUUUGGAACAAAUGUUACCAACAUAGAUGAUAUCGGCGAGGACCCUUCCGUCGAUCGCACCCUUUGGGGCGAGCUCGAAUCCGAAUCCGAGGAGGAGGAUGAAGAAGAAGAGGAAGACCAAGAUAACCAACAAAACGCUGCUGAUGAAUCUGGUCUCGUCACUCCAGCUGAAGGAUUAGUGACACCUAGCGGUCUCACGAGCGUUCCAACUGGUAUGGAAACGCCUGAAGCUAUUGAAUUGCGGAAAAAGAAGAUUGAGAGCGAGAUGGAACAAACAGAAAAUCCGAUCUUGUAUCAUGUAAUUCCCGAGAAACGCAAUGAGAGAAUAGGCGGUUCAAUGAUGGGCAGUAGCCAUGUUUACGACAUGUCUGCUGUUGGGGCAGCCCCAGCAACCAGUCGCAAACCAGGGGAUAAAGAAGGUAUGGUGGAGUUGGCUCUUGAUCCAUCUGAAUUGGAUAUGGACAGUGACGCAAUGGCAGUUCGUUAUGAACAACAAAUGAGGGAAAAUCAGUCACAAUUGCAGAAGGAAGAUCUCAGUGAUAUGUUAGCUGAGCACGUGGCGAAACAAAAGAAUAAACGCAAGCGCCAACAGCAAGACACGAAACAAACGAAAAAAUACAAAGAAUUCAAGUUUUAAUGCAUUUCUAUGGUGUGAAUAUUUGUCGUGCUAAUUUUUUAAUUGAGGUAAUAAUUGAUUUAUGAUGUAAUUAAUUUGGCGAUAAAAAUAUUAGAACUAGGAAAAAAUCA